CGUAGGCACGCCACCACAGCUAUGACGAUCUCGACGUCAAUUCGCAUCGCGCCCAACCGUGCAACUCGCGCACUCAAUCUUCUUCGCACAGUUCAAUUCACACACCCGCCAAACUGUCCAUGCCAUUCUAAUCCCGCACAUCAUCACCAUGGCCCUCAAGCCGUCACUCAGGCACGUCGUGCUCUCGCAACGCCCAUCGACCACAGCCAACAGAAAGAAUAUGCUUUUGAGAUGGCAGCUUCCUCUAUUCGGUUCGGGCCCGGCUGCACCAAGGAGGUCGGUAUGGAUUUCACAAACAUGGGGGCCAAACGAGUCAUGGUAGUGACAGACGGCAACGUACGCAAGCUGGAUGCUAUGAAGCAAGUCGUUGAGGGACUGGAACGAGAAGGGAUAAACUUCCAAGUCUUCGAUAAGGUGAGGGUGGAGCCCAAGGAUAGCAGUAUUAAGGAAGCCAUUGAGGCUAGCAAACCCUACCGGCCUGAUGCCUUUCUCGCCGUGGGUGGCGGUAGUGUCAUUGAUACAGCAAAGCUGAUGAAUCUAUACACUACAUUUCCAGACGCCGACUUCCUUGACUUCGUCAACGCCCCCCUGGGAAAAGGCAAGCCUAUCCCAUCCAAGCUUCUCCCCCUCGUUGCCGUCCCUACCACAGCAGGCACUGGCUCUGAAACCACGGGAACUGCCAUCUUCGAUCUCGUCUCCAAGCGCGCGAAAACCGGCAUCGCCCAUCGUAACCUCAAACCUACAAUCGGCAUCGUCGAUCCCCUCAACACACGCACCAUGCCAUCUGCAGUCCACGCCUCAUCAGGUCUCGACGUACUCUGCCACUCCCUAGAAUCAUGGACCGCAAUUCCCUACCACGAGCGUACCCCCCGCCCCACCAACCCGCUCAACCGACCAGCCUACCAAGGCGCAAACCCAAUCUCAGACAUAUUCUCACUCCAAGCCCUCCGCGACACCGUAAAGUACCUCCCCCGCGCCGUCAAAGACCCCUCAGACCACGAAGCCCAAGAGAAAAUGCUUCUUGCCGCCACCCUCGCUGGCGUCGGCUUCGGAAACGCAGGCGUUCACCUCUGCCACGGCAUGUCUUAUCCUAUCUCUGGCCAGAAUCCAGGCUACAAGCACCCCGGGUACCAAGUAGACUCUCCCAUCAUCCCGCACGGCGUAUCUGUUGCCGUCACUGCACCCGCUGUCUUCAAAUUCACGGGUGCUUCAAACCCCGAGCGCCAUUUACAAGCUGCCGAAGCUUUCGGUGUCGAUAUCUCGAAUGUGAAGCUUGAAAGCGCUGGGGAGGUGCUCAGUGAAGCGCUUGCAGAAUUCUUGGUUGGUUUGGGUGAUCAGCCGAGGGGACUGAAAGAUUUGGGCUUCGCGAGAGAGGAUAUUGGGACGUUGGUCGAUGGCACGAUUCCACAGGCAAGAGUACUCAUGCUUGCGCCUAGCUUGGAGAUGCAGAAUGUGGACGUCGAAAGGGAGCAAUUGGGGAAGUUGUUUGAGAAUGCUUUGGAGUAUUGA